UUUGUGGUUAAAGUUAAUAUGAAACCAAGUCGGGCACAAUACAGGCGAAAAUGGGUUGCUGCAGCUAGAACACUACAAAAUACAAACCAUCAUGAUCCUAACAUGGACAAUCAUCCCACUGUUGACCAACAUCCCAAUGUUGACUUUGAUCAGCUGAUUGAACUUCCUUUAAACCCUGAAUUUCCUGACAAUAGUGACCCAGACAAUAGUGACCCAGAAAUAGAUGAAGAACAAUGUGAACCAAGUAGAAAACGUCUUUGUGGUGCUGCAAAUGGUUCCUUGCAUGAUGAGGGUGAUAUAAGUGUGGCAGAAAAUUAA